AUGCCUCCUGAUCCAAAGGACGCGCCCUUCCCCACCAAGCAGCUCUUGAUUCUCGGGAUAUGCCGAUUCUCCGAGCCUCUCGCCUUCAACUCUAUCCUCGCCUACUCACCUUUUAUGGUGCGGGACCUGGGCAUCAGCAAACACGAUGCUUCGUUCUACGCGGGACUCUUGGUGUCAGCGUACGCCAUCGCUGAGGCCAUGACGGCCCCAUUAUGGGGAAUGGUGUCUGAUGUGUACGGCCGGAAACCUGUCGCGCUCAUUGGCUUGCUCGGUGUCGCCGCAUCGAGUCUCAUGUUCGGUGUUGCGGAAACGUACUGGGUCGCCCUGCUUGCGCGCUUCAUCGGCGGUGCACUGAAUGGAAAUGUCGCAAUCAUGCAAACUAUGGUCGCAGAGUCGGUCAAGAACCCAGCCCACGAGCCGCGCGCAUAUGCCACACAGCCCUUCGUCUGGACGGUGGGCGGUAUCAUCGGUUCGGCCAUGGGUGGUUUCCUCGCUCAACCAGCACGACUUUACCCCAACGUUUUCGACCAGGACGGUAUUUUCGGACGCUACCCGUAUCUUCUGCCUAACCUGAUCGCCGCCAUUGGUAUUCUGCUGGCCAUUCUCCAGGGUAUGAUCUUCUUGGAGGAGACCCUGGUCCGGGAAGAGAAGCCAGAGGGAGAGAACGGCAUCGAAGACCACCACGAUUACCACGACCAUCUGGACACCAUCAACGAGACCCCCGCAAACGAGCGCAGCCGUCUCCUUCCCCCGCCGUCAAACCAUCAGCAUGCGAACCGCGACGCCCGAGGCUCAACCGCUGGCUCGAUGAGACAUCGUGGCUCCAUGUUGAGCGUUACGCGCGACCGAUUGGCCUCCAUGUCGGUUUCCGGCAGCAUUCGACAGAUCCGCAAACGAGCUUCUUUCCUGGAAGAAGGUAUGCCCAUGCCUUUUGCUCAAAACUUCGAUAUCCGCCGCUCGUCUUUUGGAACCAUGCACUCGAUCAAGGUCCAGCAGGAUGUGCUUCCGAUCCGGGGCGGACCGACCCCGAAACCCCGAAAGACGUUCAACCGGACUGUAGUCAUGAUCGUUCUCGCUAUGGCCAUCUUCGCUUUCCAUCAAAUGGCCUUCAUCUCGAUUCUCCCGGUUUACAUUCUGGACACGCCUGCAAACCAGGGCCUUGAUUUCCAGGGUGGACUAGGACUGGACUUGCCCGAUGUUGGAAAGUUCCUCACGGUCAACGGUUUCAUCACGCUCUUCGUCCAGGGUUUCAUCUUCCCUCCAUUUGUUGAGUGGGUUGGUGUCUGGAACUCCUUCAUCUGGAUGAUCAUCCUUUACCCGAUUACAUACCUCAUCGUACCUUUCAUCAGCGCUCUUCCCCACGGACUCAUUACCCCAGGCAUCUACGUUUCGCUUUUCCUGCAGGCCUUCUUCGGUAUCAUCGUCUUCCCAUGCGCCCUGAUCCUGAUGAAGAACGCCGUUCCUUCACCACUGGUACUUGGUCGCGUCAACGGUAUCGCCAUGUCAGCGUGCUGCUUAGCGAGAACCAUCUCUUCUCCUCUGAUCGGAUUGAUUUACUCGCUCGGUGGAUCUGCAGCAGCCUGGUUCGCUCUCGCUGCCGCGGCCAUCUUUGGCAUGAUCCAGCUUUUCUGGGUCCCCAAGGAAGAUGUCGGCGCUGUUCAAAUCGACAACGCCCUCAAGAAGGUUAUACAUCACGAUAUGGAUGAGGAUGCGGUAGACGACAUUUCCAUCAUUGAGUCUGUACGAUAA